AUGCGAGUCUCGAACGAAUUCAGCAGUGACGUGGCGGCGGGUGAGCUGGAGGACAUUAUUCUCCGCGCCGCUUCGUCGUCAGCCGUUCCGAAUGUAACCUUGCCAUGGUCGCUCGAUGCCGUGGUUCCCGCCGCGACCACCGCAACCACAGCUGGGGGGACUAGCGGAUUCUCGUACUACACACCCCAAGCUGACGCAGGGACACUGCCGCAAAACGCGCCGCAAAACACGGCGCUGCAUAACACGGCGCCGCAGCAGUUACACCAGGAGUGGUCGAACAGCGGACGCGGGGAGUAUCAAUUGGAAAACUCCGGGUGGGCUCAGAACGAUCAUUUUCAGGGAAUCAACCGUCAAAACGCCAGUACUGCAAGUACGAUUGCCGACACGGUAAUCCAUGAACGCACGGACGAUGACUUCGCAAGCGGCGGCGACGGCAUGCCGCAGCUUUGGUCACAGGAUGCCGGCGGAACCGCCGCCGCCGCCGCCGCCGCCGCCGCUGGUACAAUCAGUAGUCACGCCGCGAGACACGGCGGCGGCGGCGGCGGCAGCUUCAGUCCUAGCCACCUCCCCACCAUUCUCCGCUCCCUCGCGGCGCACCAACAGGCCGUUGAGGCCCUCGCGCCACUCGUGAACGAGCCGCAGCGGCAAACGGGUGAGUACUGGGAUGGGCGGACGGGGGACAGCGCUGGCGGAUGGCGCAGUUCCGCCAGCCUGGCCCCCGCGGCGGUCACCGCGCCUGCGCCGGGUUUCCCCCCAGCGGAAGGCGUUUUCCCCCCGCUGCCCCUCACACGACCGACUCCAGCAGCUUCUUUCCAGCGUCCUGUCCCUUCUGCCGCGUUCGCCGCCGCAUUCCCCGCGUCCUCCUCUUCCGCCUCGUCCGCCCACCUCGCCGCAUCCGUUGCCGCUUCCCUCGCCGGCGAGAGACUCGGCCUGGUCGGUCAGGACGGCUUAGCAGGAAGCGGGAUGAGUUUCGAGACGUGUCAAGAGCAGCUGGUGGUACCACAAGCACAAGGAGUCGCUGGAUUGGCAGGUGGUGCUAUGGCAGGUGGCGCUAUGGCAGGUGGCGCUAUGGCAGGUGGCGCUAUGGCAUCUAAAGGGAGCGCAGACGUGACGGCGCAAGCGAGCGGAGAAGCGGCGGUGGAGCGGGCGGCUGCGGCAGUGCAUAAUUCGAGCACUAUUGACGCUCUGGCGUCCAUGAUCCUAGUGGCUGCCGCGGCGGCGGGCAGGCAAUGUGGCGGAUUCGCGGGGCCGUUCCAGGGGAUGGGCAGAGCCGGCGUUGGCGCUGGCGCUGGAUGUGGUGGAAUGGCUGGUGGUGACCCCACAGGAGGAAAGUGGGGGGAAAUCGGAGGGGGAAUGGAUGGGGGAAUGGGCGGGGGGAGUGGUGGGGGUGUGGUGGAAGGGGUGGGUGACGAGUGGCGCACUGCUGACGUGGCAGGGAAGGCGGAAGCAACUGCAGCUGGGGGUUUGGAUAGGGAUGGGACUGGGUAUGGCGACUUUGGGGAUAGAACCGAGUAUGGAAAUGGGGAUGGGGAUGGGGAUGGGGAUGUGGAUGUUAAACUGCAGAGAAGAAACACGGCAACCAGCGGCACUUGGAACAUGGGGAACACGGGUAACAUGGGGAACACGGGUAACAUGGGGAACACGGGUAGCAUGGGGAACACGGGUAGCAUGGGGAACACGGGUAACAUGGGGAACACGGGUAACAUGGGGAACACGGGUAACAUGGGGAACACGGGUAACAUGGGUAACACUAUCCCCGCCACUGUCGGCACCACCGGCAGCGCUGCUGCGAAACGGGCGUUUUCCCAGCACAAGCAGAUCGCCACUACCACCACCACGUCAUUCGGGGGAAUGGCCGUUGCGGCUCCUGGGACAUCCUCACAGCACAUGCAAGCCGCCCCUGAUGGCCCCUCGCCCCUCCCCACCUCCCCCCAACCUGCCGCCACUCCCCCUCACCCUCAGCGCGCCGCUAUCCCCCCCAGCGCCCCCCCGGAUUCCCCACUAGUAGAUGAGAAACCGCAUGCAGCGGCACAAGCACCGGCUGAUGGGGGGAGGCAACACAGGGCGAAUGAAGGGGCGUAUGAGGGAGGUGCGGGGAGGAGGAAGCAGCAGGGAGGGAGUGAAGGAGCUGUCAGUAGAGGACAGGUGGGCUGCGGAGGUGCAGGGAGAGGGAAGCAGCAGGGAGGGAGUGAAGGGGGGUGGGAGGCACAGGCAAGAGUCGGGGGUGAAGGGGAAGAUGGUGCAGCUGUGGGAGGGUUUGAGGAGGGGGAGGGUGCGGAGGGGACACGAGUGUUGGGACGGGUGUCUGGAGCUUGCCUUGCUGCUAGGAGACGGCGGGAGCGCAUAGCGAGUCAGAUGCGCACGCUGCAGCGGCUGGUGCCAGGCAGUAGUCGAGUGGACACCGUCUCUGUUCUCUCCGACACCAUCCGCUUCCUCUGCAGCCUCAUCCACCAGAUUCAGUCGCUAGGAGCAGAGCCAGAAGGGUAUUCCACCACAGAGGCGGCAGAAGCAGCAGCAGCAGAGGUGCAAAAGCUGAUUCGAGACGGAGUGAUAGAACACCGUCGGCCUACAGCCAAUCAGAUGGCUCCUCCUGAAGAUGGUACAGCUGCAGAAGCAGCUCUGGCAGCAGCGGCAGCUAUAGCAGCAGACCGGGCUAUAGAAGCAGACGGGGCUAUAGCAGCAGGAGGGAGAAUAGCUAGCCCCAGCGCCCCUCAAGAAAGCACACACACAUCCUCCCACGGGCCCUCGCAGUCAAUGCUUCCCACUGUUUCCUCCACAUCACCCUCGCUGGAGGGGAUGCAUGGCCUGUGCCGACCGUGA